UUUUCAGCACAACAGUGACUCUAUCGUUGAAAUGCCAAUACCAAAAUCUGCAAAAUCCGAUUACACAAAAGAGCAAAAAGACUUGGUUGGAAAUAUUUGCCAGUGCAAGGAUUUCUACAAAAUCCUCAACGUUGAUAAGAAAGCCAGUCCAGACGAGAUUCGUAUUGCAUUUAGAAAACGAAUUCGAGAAGUUCAUCCGGACAAAUGCAAGCAUCCAAGUGCUACUGAAGCAUCGAAAGUUGUCAAUAAUGCAUUUUCACUUCUUAUGGAUCCGGCCAAGCGAAGACAGUAUGAUCUACAAAACGCUGAAACAUCAAAUGAGAAUCUUUAUAAGCGUUGUAAUCGUAAUAAAAAUCAACGAAAACAGGAAUAUUCAAAUACUCAAAGACAAAACCACAAGAAAUCUGAGCCAAGUAAUGGAAAAAGAAAUGAGCAAAAUUCAUCAUUCAAACAGGACCACAACAGUAAGAACCAUCAAUCCAAUCACCAAAAGACUAAAAAUAAGAAAUCAAAUCCAUAUUCAAAUCAGAAUAAUUUUAAUAAUACAAGAAAGGAUUAUCGUGAAGAGAAAAGUGGAUUUAGUUGGAAUACAGGAAGUGCUGAUGAUUACGAGGAUUUUGUUUAUAGAAAUUAUCAGUCUUAUCAGCAACAACAACAAAAUCAGUACGCAAGGCGACGACAUGAAGAAUAUACAGAUGGAUUCAAAUAUUCGUCAAGUUCAAAUCCACACUCUACCAGCAAUGAGCCUUUUCACGAUAAAUCUCAUAAUUCCGAUGUUGAGAAAGAGGAGUAUCUUGUUGUUAUCUUUUUCAUUGUAGUGACGAUUGUUCUAUUUGGAUUAAUUGUACAUGGAAUGUACACCGGAAGCCUUUUGCGAACUGUUUUCAACCUUGUCAUAACAUAUUUGAGAAUCAUAGCUGGAAUUUUUGGAGUAUUUUGUUGGAUCUCAUGGAAAAUAUUCCAAUUGAUCGUGAACCUUUCCUGGAAAAGUGUUACAAGGAUAGCAAUUCCUGUUGUUUUAAAAACGAUUUCAAUUACUGCUGAAGUAGUUUCGAGCUGUUUUGGUUUCUUGUGGAGCUUUUCGAAAGGAGUGCCAUGUUGGAUUUGGAGCUUUUUGACAACGUUUUAAUCAUCAGCAGCUCAAUAUUAGAGUCGGGUUUUAUCAAAUCACUCAAAAAUGUUUUUUUUUCUGAAUUAAUUUUGUAUUUGUUUUUGUUGGAUUUCCAGUUUACAAGAAUUGUUAUCGCUUGUAUUUAAUAUUAUAAUAAAAAUUUUAGAAAUUUU